AUGAAGUCUGCUACAAUCCUCUCGGCGCUCAUCCCAGGCUCCUUUGGAAGCACAAUCUACUUCGCCGGCGAUUCAACCAUGGCGAAGGGCGGCGGAGGCGGAACAGGCGUAAAUGCCACCAACGGAUGGGCUGAAUACGUCUCGCCAUAUACCACUUGGACUAUUUCAAACCAAGCUGUCGCAGGCCGCAGCGCGCGCUCAUACACCCGCGAAGGCCGCUUCGCGACCAUAGCCAACGAGGUCAAAUCCGGCGACUGGGUAGUCAUCGAGUUCGGCCACAACGAUGGCGGAUCCCUUACACCAACGGACAAUGGACGCACGGAUUGCUCCGGCACUGGAAAUGAGACCUGCACGACAGUAUAUGAUGAUGUGACCGAGACCGUCUUGACGUUUCCUGCAUACUUGGAGAAUGCAGCCAAUACGCUCACUGCGCUUGGGGCGAAGGUAUUGAUUUCUAGUCAGACGCCUGAUAAUCCGUGGGAGACUGGGUCUUUUGUUUAUUCGCCAUCACGAUUCGUGGCGUAUGCGAAAUUGGCCGCGGAGACGGCGGGAGUGGCGUAUGUUGAUCAUGGCGCUUAUGUUGCGAGUAUCUUUGAGACUCUUGGGUCGGAUGUUGUAAAUGGAUAUUAUCCUCUUGAUCAUACCCACACUAGCCCUGCGGGUGCGCUGGUGGUCGCUCAGGCCUUUUUCAAGGCUGUAGUCUGUGGCGGUGUUGCACUGGAGAGUGCACUGAACACUACCUCUUUCCCGGGUGAUUGUCUGUAG